UGGCUCCGGGGUCCCGGCCCCUGCGCCCCCAGCCCUCGCCCUGAGGAUGAAGCUCUGGAUGCUGCUGGCGCUGCUGCUGCUGCACCACGCGCUGCAGGACGUUUCUGGUCAACAUGCUCCCAAGAAUAAGCGUCCAAAGGAGCCAGGAGAGAACAGAGUCAAGCCAGCUGGCAAAAAGGUGAAACCCAAAAUUCUGAAGAUGAAGGACAGAGACUCCAUCGAUUCAAAACCGUCAUCUAUAAUGACACAAAUGAUGGACGAAGGGCGCUUCCAGAAGCCAGCAGCUACCCUGAGUCUGAGGGCAGGGCAGACCCUGGAGCUCCGGUGUCGAGGGAGUAAGAUUGAAUGGAGUUAUCCCGCCUACUUUGAUAGCUUUAAGGACUCCCGCCUCAGUGUGAAGCAGCACGCACGCUAUGGCCAGCUGAUCCUGGUCAACUCCACCUCGGCUGACACAGGCGAGUUCAGCUGCUGGGGGCAGCUCUGUGAUGGCUACAUCUGCAGGCGGGAUGAGGCCAAGACGGGCUCCACCUACAUAUUUUUUACAGAGAAAGGGGAACUCUUUGUGCCAUCUCCCAGUUACUUUGAUGUUGUGUACCUGAACCCUGACAGACAAGCUGUGGUUCCUUGUCGAGUUACUGUAUUAUCAGCCAAAGUCACUCUCCACAGGGAGUUUCCAGCCAAGGAAAUCCCAGCCAACGGCACAGACAUCAUGUAUGACGUGAGGAGAGGUUUUGUGUAUCUGCAGCCUCAUUCUGACCAGCAAGGGGUUGUCUACUGCAAGGCUGAGGCUGGGGGCAAGUCUCAGAUCUCUGUCAAGUACCAUCUGCUCUACGUAGAAGUCCCCAGUGGCCCUCCAUCCACCACCAUCUCAGCAUCCUCAAACAAAGUGAAAGGUGGGGACGACAUCAGCAUCCUCUGCACUGUCCUAGGAGAGCCUGACGUGGAGGUGGAGUUCAGGUGGAUCUACCCGGGGCAGAAGGACGAGAGGCCUGUGACUAUCCGCGACACAUGGAGGCUGAUCCACAGGGGGCUCACACACACCACCCGGAUGUCCCAGAGUGUCCUCACAGUGGAGGACUUUGAGACCAUUGACAUGGGAUAUUACAUUUGCACGGCUCAGAACCCCCAAGGACAGACUACAGUAGCCACCACUGUUGAGUUUUCCUGACAUGGAAAAUGAAGCAUAAUGGACUGAUAGAAAGCCUGUGGAUGCAGACGACCAGCUUCGGGGCGCUUUUGAUUUGCGCUGCCAGAGGCCAAUGGAAGGAGCCAAACUCCAGCCCCUGCCUUGUGAGUCAGACCCAGAUAUCUGCCAAGAAGGAAGUCCUAUGGUCUAAUCAUAGAAGUGCUAACUCUCCCAACAGAAAACAUGUACUCUUACCGCUUACCUUCCAUGUGUGUGCUUGUAGUUCUCAUACAAAGAACGUAUGUAUGUAAACAACUUUAUAUAAUCAUUUCUAUUAA